UAAAUUCAGUAUUAAACUGCUCCUCGAUGAGCUAAUAUAAUUAUUAUCUGGUUAUGUACCUAAUUAUUAGUAGUAGUAAAAUGAAAAUGCGAAGCAAGACCUGCGACCAAUGGAAUUUCCUAACAAUAAUAAAUUUGAAAUAAGUAAAUCAAUAUGUUUAUAAAUGCCUGAAUGCAGAAGUGUCUUUCAAUGUGUGAAAAAUAUUUAAAAAGAAAUUAUCGAAACAUUUUCUGUAAGCAUGUACAACUAAUGUCGGAUAAGGUAACGCAUAUUCGUAUAUGUAAAUUCUUCGAUAUUCUAAUAUUUUACCAUCUACCGCCGCAAAGAUUUCUGAAUCUCUGAAUUAUAAUUCUGUGCAAUAUACAUUUUAUAAUACAUUUUCUUGUUAAUGUUCUUACGAAGGAAUCCAAAAUAUGUAAUACAUUACAUGUACAUAUACACGUAAUCAGAUUUUUCGUAAUUCACUUCUAUUAGAUAAAUGGAGGAAGAAAAUAAAAGUGUAAUAAAAAGUCACACAUAUAUGUACACGCCAUACAAACAUAUAUAUAAGUGCUAAAGGAUGGAGUGAGAAAGAGACUACAUAAUACACACGUACAUACAAGCGAAGAGCAGAAGAGGGGUAGAAACAAAAUGUCUGCGGAUCUCGAUAUGUUUACUAGCAAAGGUUUAUAUGCAACGAGAGAUGCUUGACAUUGCUCAAGAAAUGAUUAAUCAAAUGAUACAAAAAGUGUGGCGUGAUGGCCGUAUCUUUUAAUCGAUAUCUUAUUUUACCGGAAAUUGAGAAAAGUGAAUUUAAAAUAUCUCAAGAAACUAAACACAAAUAUACGGAUGAGAAUACUAUCAGAAAUUCGCCUAAUGAACAGAAAACCUCCGUGACAGCGGCAACUGUUCCCUUGUGUGUCUUGGGUGACGUUCAGUUGCGUUUCCUCUGUCCAGACGACUUAGAGGAAGUACGAGCACUUUGUCAAGAUUGGUUCCCAAUUGAUUACCCUUAUUCGUGGUAUGAAGACAUAACAAGUUCCUCACGGUUUUAUGCACUUGCAGCUGUAUAUGGUGGAGUAAUAAUUGGGCUUAUUGUUGCGGAAAUAAAGCCUUAUGCCAAGCUGAACACAGAGGAUCGUGGUAUUUUAUGUUCGAGUUUAGGGAAAGAUUGUUUAGUAGGUUACAUUCUUAGUUUAGGGGUGCGUCGUGCAUAUAGAAGGAAUGGAAUUGCUUCAUUAUUGUUGGAACAAUUACUUGCACAUGUUACCGCUCCAGAACGUUCUUCCGUAAAAGCAGUCUUCCUACAUGUUUUAUCUAGCAAUUCACCUGCUAUUUUGUUUUACCAGAGAUGUCAUUUUCGUUUGCAUAGUUUCUUACCGUAUUAUUAUUCGAUUCGUGGUAAAUGCAAAGACGGCUUUACAUAUGUCCUUUAUGUUAACGGAGGACACGCGCCAUGGGGUAUUUGGGAUUGGUUACGUCAUCUAGCAAGUGCAAUGGCUAGUCUUGGACCAUGCAGAGUUCCACGAUGGAUUUGGCGGCGGCUUCUUUGGGCUACUACUAUUCUUUCAUAUCAGAGAUGAUACAUUUUGACAACUACCAAUGUUAAACCAAAUACUUGUUUCUCUUUAUGUUUUGAAAUGUGUACGUAUUUGCCAAUCGGAUGUUAUGCCUGUUCGAGCAAUAAAAUUAUUAACUUCAUAAUUAUUUUUAAAA